ACGUAAGACUUAAAAAAUUAUGCAGACUUUUGUGUGAGAAUGGAUUAUAUAAGGACAGUUGAUAGUGGAGGAAAUACUGCAAGAUCAUCUAUAGUAGUUAAUGCCAGUGAAAAUGACUAGGCUGGGGUGGUAGCUGUAGGGAGUGAGAAGUAGCUGAUUAUGGGACAUGCUUUGAAGUUGAGAAAAUAGAACACAUUGAUGGAUUGGAUAGUGAAGACCUCAGUAUGGGAUUCUGUGUAAGACUUUGGGUCCAAAUACCCAUAUUGCCCUGUGUUAGCUGGCUAUAUGAACUUAUCAGGCAUAUCUGCCUCCUUGUUUCUUGGAUGUAAUUUAAUCUCUGAAGAUUGUAGUGGUAUUUUCGUUUUCUUAUGUAGUCUUUCCUUUUGCUUUUUAUUCUGCUUGUUUACUCUGCAUGCAUUUAUACUUAAUUAUAACCAGAAGAAAAAAAUUAGGCAUGUGAAUUAAAACCAUUCCCCAGAUACUUAAAGGAUUUUUUUUUUUUCCCUCUGCUGGAAAUACAAUGAUGUAAAGUUGCAGUGGGCUGAGUAUGACUUAGGGCAUAAUUUUUGGAAUUUUUUGGUAUCAGAGAUUGAACCCAGCUGUACUUAACCACUGAGCCACAUCCCUAGUUCUUUUUAUUUUGAGACAGGGUCUCUAUAAGUUGCUCUGGGAUUGCAAGUGUAUACCACCAUGCCAGUUUUAGGGCAUAAUUUUGGAAUGAGUUUGCUGACUGGUGUGAAAUGACUUCGCAGGAUCUGGAACGUGAUGCUGUUCCCCAUGACAAUAAGUCAACUUGUGAAUUAUUGUAAAGUUGGAGACUGCCUAUAAACAUGCAAGUUUAAUAUUCUUUGGCACUGGCAAUGGAAACAAUUAUAUAUAAUAUAAAAUCAAAGGUUUAGUAUUAGAAUUUUUACCACUAACCGUCCAUGUUAACAGACUGUAGUGUAGGUCUUUAAGUGCAAAAGGAAAGAGAAACAAUUUAUUGAAUUCCUCAUGAGCUACACCCUGUACUAGAUGCAUUGUUCAUUUUAACUAGUCUGAAAUUUAUUUUAACGUUUCUCCACAAAUGAUUUCUAUUGUUUUAUUAAUCUGAAUUGUAUUAUGUCUUAUUAACCUUUUUAUACCAGCACCCAUUAGGGUUCCUGACUCAGCCAGCACCCAGAAAAUGGAAUGCAUAAAAAAGGGAAUCUAGUCUGGUUUAUUCUUGUUUUAAGGGGUGGAUAUAAUAGGUUGCAAUGCAGACUCUGAAUUUUUAGUUAUGUUUUUAUAGUUAAGUAGUAGAAAAUAUCAAUUGAACUUAGAAGUGUAGCAGUCCAGUAUAACAGCAGUAACAGCGUUUUAACUCUUAAGAAACAGGAGAGGAUCCUAAAAAACUUCACACUUAACUCCUGCUCUAAAAGUCCUUUUCCGGGUGAGGGGGACGAAGCUUGGCGCUGUAAGGCCAAUCGGCCGGGUGGCAGGUGCAGGGCAGCCAAUCACACUGCACAGGACCUGAUCUCCGCCUCCCGGCGGUCCUUCCCUCGCCCUUGGGUCUCAGCGGCGGCGGCGACACGCCCCUCCUGUAGCGCUGGAUUGGCGCGGCGGCCCGGUACUCCGAAAAGUGCUGGGUCAGACCCUGGUGAAUGCUGGUGAGUACCUGCCGAUCAGGAAUAACGUACAUCUCAUCACAGCCCUUCGCCCGGGAGUGGGACAGACUGGCGGAGGCAGAGAACGAAAUCCCCUCUCACACUAUAGACCAUGACCUCCAAAGAUUAUCCAUCAUUGUGGGGUUUUGGAACAACAAAAACAUUUAAAAUUCCCAUUGAACAUUUGGAUUUCAAAUAUAUUGAAAAAUGUUCAGAUGUUAAACACCUGGAAAAAAUUCUUUGUGUGCUCAGGUCUGGUGAGGAAGGAUAUUAUCCUGAACUUACAGAAUUUUGUGAAAAGCGCCUUAAAAACUUGGCUCCUAAAAGCAGAGCUUUGAGGAAAGAUAAGCCUGCAGCAACAGCUUCCAGUUUUACAGAAGAAGAAUGGGAAAAAAUUGAUGGUGAUUUAAAGAGUUGGGUAUCAGAAAUUAAAAGAGAAGAAAAUAGAAUGCACUUUCAUGGAACUGAAACAUUUCCAGGAAUGAAAGAUCAUUUGCCUCCAGUUCGUGGUUCUAGCAGCUGUCUUCCUGUUGGCCAGGAAAAACAUUCUAAAAACAAACUAGCCAAAAAGAAAAUUCCAAGAGAUUAUGCAGAAUGGGAUAAAUUUGAUGUGGAAAAAGAAUGUUCAAAAAUUGAUGAAGAUUACAAAGAAAAGACUGUAAUUGACAACAAGUCACAUUUGUCUAAAAUUGAGAGACAAGUAGACACAGCAGGUUUAACUGAGAAGGACAGGGGUUUACUUGCUGUUCGUGAAAAAGAAAAAGGAAAUGAAGCUUUCAACUCAGGCGAUUAUGAGGAGGCUGUGAUGUAUUAUACUAGUUGUUUCUUUUAUAGGAGUAUCUCAGCAUUUCCCACUGUAGCUGCCUACAACAAUCGAGCUCAAGCGGAAAUCAAAUUGCAGAACUGGAAUAGUGCUUUUCAGGAUUGUGAAAAGGUCUUGCAGUUAGAACCUGGAAACAUAAAGGCUCUUCUCCGCCGUGCCACUACAUAUAAACAUCAAAACAAACUUCAGGAAGCUAUAGAAGAUUUGAGGAAAGUACUGGAUGUUGAGCCUGAUAAUGAUUUGGCUAAGAAAACCUUGUCAGAAGUUGAAAGAGAUGUGAAAAAUUCUGAACCUGGAUCAAGGACCCAGUCUAAAGGGAAAAGGAUGGUUAUUGAGGAAGUAGAAAACUCAGAAGAUGAAGAUGAAAAGGGAAGUGGAAGAAAACAUGAAGAUGGCAGUGGAGAUAAGAUGGCCGCCCAGCGGGCGCGAGCCCCGCGCGCCAUGGGCAACAUCCAGAAGAAGCUGACCGGCAAAAGUGAGGGCGGCAAGCGGCCGGCGAGGGGCGCGCCGCGGCGAGACCCGGCGCCCGGGCCCGGCGCGGAGAAGCGGGGCGGGCCGCUGGCCCCAGCGACGGCCAGCGACGGCGCCAACGGGCACUCCAGUGGCGGGCGGGGCGCCGGGGACCCCAACUCGACCGACGCUCCGGCUGCCCGACUCGACCCCGACGGCCUGAAGAGUCAGGGCAAUGAGCUGUUCAAAAGCGGACAGUUUGCCGAGGCGGCCCGCCGGUACUCGGCGGCGAUAACCCAGCUGGAGCCUGCAGGAAGUGAAAAUGCAGAUGAUCUAAGUAUCUUAUAUUCAAAUAGAGCAGCAUGUUACCUAAAAGAAGGAAACUGCAGUGGCUGCAUUCAAGAUUGUAACAGGGCCCUGGAACUUCAUCCAUUCUCAAUGAAACCUCUUUUGCGAAGAGCAAUGGCCUAUGAAACUUUAGAACAGUAUGGGAAAGCUUAUGUGGAUUAUAAAACAGUGUUGCAAAUAGACUGUGGAAUCCAGCUAGCAAAUGACAGUAUUAACAGAAUUACAAGAAUUUUAAUGGAACUCGAUGGACCAAAUUGGCGGGAAAAGCUGUCACCCAUUCCUGCUGUGCCCACUUCUGAGCCCCUGCGAGCUUGGCAUCCUGCCACACAGAUGACCCCAGACCAAGGGGGAGAUCCCAGGAGCCAUCACUCACUGAGCAUCACAGAAGCCAUAGAAGAAAAAAUGUUUAAAGCUCUUAAGGAAGAAGGAAAUGAAUAUGUAAAGGACAAAAACUAUAAAGAUGCUAUUAGUAAAUACAGUGAAUGCUUGAAGAUUAAUGACAAGGAGUGUACCAUAUAUACAAACAGAGCUCUGUGUUACCUGAAGUUAUGCCAGUUUGAAGAGGCAAAGCAGGACUGUGAUCAGGCGCUUCAGAUAGACGGUGACAAUGUGAAGGCGUAUUAUAGACGGGCGCUGGCUCAUAAAGGACUCAAGGAUUAUCAGAAAAGCUUAUCUGAUCUCAAUAAAGUUGUCCUGUUAGACCCAAAUAUUGUAGAAGCAAAGAUGGAAUUGGAAGAGGUAACCAGACUCCUUAAUAUUAAGGAUAACCCGGCAUCAUUCAACAAAGGAAAAGAGAGAAGGAAAAUUGAAAUUCAAGAGGUGAAUGAAGGCAAUGAGGAGCCUGAAAGAACCUCAGGGGACAUCUCAGCUGACUGCCUGGCUUCUGAGAAAGGAGGUGGAAGAAGUGGGCCCCUAGAACACUCCCAGAGACUUGAGAUUUCCAAGCCUACCAAUGCUUAUGAAUUUGGCCAGGUUAUAAAUGCUGUCAACAUGAGGAAAGAUGAAGAAGCCUGCGCACAUCUUUUAGCCAUCACUGCACCAAAAGAUUUGCCAGUGUUGUUGAGUAACAAACUUGAAGGGGAUAUAUUCCUUCUCCUAGUUCAGUCUCUGAAAAAUCAUAUUGUUGCUAAGGAUCCCUCCUUGGUGUAUCAGCAUCUUCUGUAUCUGAGUAAAGCAGAAAGGUUUAAGAUGAUGUUGACACUAAUUAGCAAAGGCCAAAAGGAGCAAAUUAAACAGCUGUUUGAUGAUCUUUCAGACACACCAAAUCAUCAUUUUACUUUAGAAGAUGUACAAGCCUUAAAAAGUCAGUAUGAGCUUUAACUCAGGUUAUGGUAAGAUUUCUUCCAUGCAUGUUGCUCCAGUAACGCUGAUCGAAUGGUAUUGUAAUAGAGUUGCAUGGAUAAAACCUGGCUUAGAAAAGAUCCCUUGGUCUGGACUGUAAAACAUUUUACUUAUUUUUAUACACAGAACACGUAUAUUCUACAAUCUGCUUUUUUUAAGUUGUAAAUAUUUUCUUAUGUACCAGAACCAACAUCUUUAUAUUUAAAAAGUAUGUUUGGAACAUGUUAAAGAUACAUUUUAAUUUAUAGUAUGCCUUUUUCUUUCAGUAACUCACCUGUUAAAAAGUUGAGUUAAACUGCAUUUCUUUGUGCUAUGAAGGAGUUCUCUUAAGUUUGAUAGAAAUGAAUUCUUUAAAAUUCUUUUUUUAAAAGUGAAAGUUAUUAACAAUGAUUAUUCACUUUAUAUCAUAAGAUAUAUAUAAAUCCCAUUUUAUACUAGAGAAUUACCAGUUAAAAUGAGCUGCAACACUGAACUCUAUGGUGAGGUGAUUUAUUAAAUAAAUUGUGUUUAUCAAUCAGAGCCAUAAGAGGAACUUAUAUUUUCUAAUAAGGAAGGAUUGCCUAAUGAUUAAGAACAAAAAUUGCCAAAAGUUUCUACCACUUUUUACUAGAUUUAAAAGUGACUUAUUCUUAUAUAUAUUGCUUAUGUAAGCAAAACAACCAUUAUAUAAAAGCAAAUUAAGCCUGAAUUUAUAUUUGAAUUCAUCUUCAUAUUUUUCUCAAACAUUUACAUGUUUCCUUCCCCUUUUUUGUUUUCUGUUUUUGUGACUAUAUUUAUCCCUCUAUUGUAAAAGAAAAGUGAAGAACUCAUCAUAUUGAAAGCUCUUGUGUUAACUGGGCCAAAAUAAAGGUAUUUCUUAACAAUAAAACAUUCAGGUCUCAA